AUGAAAUGGCACGGACACGUUCUGGACCUGGGUUCAACCAAAUGGCGUUUCCUAUGGUCACGGGAGCUCAAUCCAGCACCCAAUACUAUCAAGAUCUCCCGGUCCAAGCUGGAGCUGCCCAAUAUUUGGCUUCACAACAUCAAAAUCAAGACCUCGGCUUGGACGGAUCAUUGGGGCACCCCGGGGUCAGGUAUCAGUACCCGACUGCUCGACCAGAUGGUCAUUCCAGUCAUUGGGUCAAUCCUAAUCCCCCUCAAGGCUCUCGUAUAG